CAAAGAAGAAGCGCCUCUCGUCUCCCUUCUCCCUCCUUUUCCUCGCAUUCUCGCCGACUUUCUCCGAGCGGUUCUCAAAAAUCCCCCCACCAGCUACAGCAAACGGACAGAUGGACAUCCAGGAUUCUCGCAACUGUGGAGAAGGUUCCUCCGAAACAAGAGAAGAGAGUUUCGAUGUGUUUUUGAGCUUCAGUGGACGGGAUACUCCCAGUGGCUUUGUGGAUCAUCUCCACCGUAGCCUCCUCCACGCGGAGAUCAGCGUGUUGAGGGAUGAUGGGGAACUCACCACCGUGGGAGAGGAGAAAGGGCCGUCGCAUACCCAAGCGAUCAGGCAUUCCAAGAUCGCCAUUCCGAUCCUGUCAGAGAACUAUCUGUCGAGCAUGCCGUGCCACGCAAAGCUGGCUCAGAUCGUGGAGUGCCACAAGUGCCACAAGACGACUGGCCAGAUCAUCAUGCCGGUCUUCUACAGCGUCUCGCCAACGGUCGUGAAAGAAGGAUCCCCGAUUACAGAAAGGCUGUCGCCAGGCAUAAAGACCUAAAGACCCUCCAGGAAUGGAAGGAAGCUCUCAUCCAUGUGGGGUUCAUCUCAGGGUUGGCGGGUAAUCGGUGAGUGUAAUUGAGUAAGUUCGAUUGAGUAACGUAGCAUUUAAAUCCCAAGGUAGCGCUUACUUCAAUUUAAGUUAAUCUAAUUAGACUAAUGCUGCUAGGUGUAUCAAUACCUGAUGUAACUCCCUCUGAUCUGGUACUGAAUGUGAUCCGUUUGUUUCUAUUCUUACUCCCAGCUUGCCACAUUACUUAGUGCUUCGGUUUUGUCGAUAAAUUUCAGCGUUCUAGUGUUACACGUAAUCUCAUAACUCAGUUUUUCCAUGUUGGAUCACUGCAUUAAAUGGGAUGCAGCGGUUAUAGUUUUGAUUUUAUGUCAAUAUGGUCCAGGAGAAUGUUCUUCCUCUUGUAAUCUGCAUCCACAAGAAAUCUAACUCUUGCAAGAAAAUGCCAGUGUAGAGUGAUACCGAUUUGCUUAUUCUGUGGAUGCAACUGACAACCUUUGCAUCCCAUCAUAUUGUGCUUUGUCUGUGUUGAUUUAGCAAAAACACGUGCAGCUAAUUGCGUGGCCUGUUUGUCUAAAGCUGAUCGAUGUAUGAUAGUUUUGUAAAGGAAAGAGUGGUCUUUUUCUUGCUAAUUACUUUAGAGUUUCGACAUUGUUGGACUUACAUUAAUCUCUGUGCAUGUGACUUGUGCCCAUGGGCACGCGUGAUACAGCUCUAGCACAGAUGCUUCACUCAUUGAUGAACUUGUCGCAAAUGUGUUGAGGGCGUUGAACAGAUACCUUGUUGACAUCAAGCAUGAUGUGGAAAGAGUUAUGGAAUUACUAGAUGAGGAAUCUAGCGAUGUUCGUGUAGUAGGAAUACAUGGCAUAAGGGGCACCGGGAAGACCACAAUUGCAAAGCUCAUCUGCACAAGAAUGUUUCAUCUCUUUGAUGGCUGGAGCUUUCUAGAAAGCGUUAGAGAAUAUGAAGAAAAACAAGUAGAUUUAAAAAUUUUAUGAGGUCAUGUUCCUCUUUUGAUAGGGGAAAAAUACUUAUGGUGUAUAUGUUUCACAAAAAAUAAAAAAUUUGAAAAAUAUUUUCUAAAAAUGAUCAUUUAAAUUUUUGAAAUAAUUAGUCAAUGAAAUUUUUUCAUUGUUGAUAACAAUUUAUAUAUAUUUUUCAUAAAUAAUAAAAAUAUUUAUUGUUCAUUCGUUUUUGUGAGAAAUGAAAGCAAGCAUUUUCAAGGAAUUUUUUUCAAAACAAUUUUUUUUUGGUGAAAUAAAUUGAUCCUAAAUAAAAUGAUUUCUUUAGUUUGAAAUAUCUUGGUAACCCAAAUCUUAUAUUCCAUGUGUAGGGAACGGAAACACUUAAGGGAGUUGUUCUCAAAUUUGGUUGUCAGUCACAUCACAGCUUUGGACCAGCACAUUUUGCGGGGACGUCGAGCAUAAGAUUCCUUUGAUUGGAUCAGGCGGACCUCAUUGGAAAUUUUAAGGGGUGUCUGUCAAGUUUAAGAUGGCUCCAUUGGCAAGGUUGUCCUUGGACUCUUCAUGCUAAUAAUUUGGAUUCGGAGGAGUUGGUUAUUCUAGAUCUUUCCCGGAGCAUGGUCCAUGAAAAAUGGAACAGUUGGAUUCAAAUCCAGGUAGAGAAGUAUAUUAUUUUUAAUUUCAUUUGUCAAAUUGUUGUGAAAAAGUUAACUCUUUUCUUAUUUUACUUUAUGACAGAAAGCCAAGAAAUUGAAAGUUUUGAACCUCAUCGGUUGUGUUCACUUGAUCAAAAAUCCAGACUUAUCUCAUUUCAAAUGUUUAUAGAGAUUGAUUCUUGAAAGAUGCACGUGGUUGGAUGAAAUUGGUCCAUCGGUAAAAAGUUUGCGGUGCUUGGUUUCACUGAACUUAAGGUUUUGCACUGAACUCAAAAAGUUGCCCCAUGAGCUAGGUUCCCUCACAUCCUAGGUUCCCUCACAUCCUUGGAAGAUAUUCUUAUAGAUGAAACUGCUGUUCAAGAGAUUCCUAUCUUCAUCCGUGAUUUGCAAAAG